GCGUCACCACCAUGCAUAAAUGGUUAAUAUUUAUACACAGGUAAUGAAAAUGAAGAUUGGACAGAUAGCCCUGCAGUAAGGGUUACAAAUGAACCAACAGGUUGGUAAAUAAUGUUGACAGUAUAAGCCCGCAUCACAGAAUAAAGACAUACAGAAGUGUAACUUCCAUUACAAAACCGUAAGGCGCUUUUUUACCGAAAUAGCUGGCGGCCAUGUUCUUAGCAAGUGCCCUAAAGAGAAGCAUUCACCCCCCUGGAAUAUUACAUUUUCAAUAUGUUUUCAAGGGGGUGACUGCCUCUCUUUAGGGCACUUGCUAAGAACAUGGCUGACUGAAAAAAUCCCUUACGCACUUUUAAUAAGAAGAUACACUUCUGUAUGUCUUUAUUCUGUGCCCGCUGAGAUACACCAGGCUGACGUUUAGGUAAUUAAACACAGGGUGCGCGUUAAUUCAGGAUUUUUAGUCAAACCUGACUAGCACGUGGAUGAUUAUUACGCUGGUACGCUCGUACUUGCGCUGGUACAAACUUAAGAAGAUGUACUUAUAUAUGCAUAAAGCACAGUUUUCUAAAAGGUAUACAGCCAAUUCAAAAAGGUUGUCCUUUUUAAACUCUAAACCUUACAUACAUUCUAAGCACACAAAGCUUAAUGGGCGGAGCACAAGUUUCAAUCUUAUUAGUUGAAUAUUGCACCUAUUUGUGAAUGAAUUGUUCUCGUAAGGAGAUAUUUAGUUAUUCACCAUUUCUCUAAAAAAUGGGCUCCAUAUAUAUGAUUUCCAAACUGAUUAAAUUAUGCUCCCAUUAUGCUUUGCACGCUUAGAGUUUUAGGUUUAAAGUUUAGAGUUUGCAAAAGACAACCUUUUUUGAAUUGGCUGUGUAUUCAUUCAAUAACCUGUGCAAACACUGCAUAAUUGACUUGGGCAUUCUUCAGCGGUGCCAUCUUAAUUGUUUCAUCAACUAAAUUACGGUUUUGAUUACUUUGGCAAGUUUGCUGGUCUGGUAUGGUACCAGCAAAAUGUACCUAUACGUCGGACUUGGCUGAAAACAAAUUAGUACCAGACCGUAAUAUUGGUGCACCUCCGGUACGUAGGUACUGUACAGCAACUAUCGCACUCUGCCAAAUAUCUCACAACAAUAUCUUCUUAAAUAACUCAUACUUUUUUGAGGUGGAAAGCAAAUUUGGGAGCUUUGAAAUAGUUAAUAUCACUUGCGUAUUGUUUACAAUACAUUUUUUUAACUGUACACCAGUCAACUGUUGAUUUAAUUUUAAACAAGAACGCUUCCAUGUCAGUUGCAAAAGUAGUUAUUCUGCUAUGUUCACUGUAAUACACUAUUUCAUUAUGUAGAAUCCUUUUACUUCUCAGUUUCUGCACAUGGUGAUCAAUCUGGCGUUGCCGAAGGCGAAGACACGCCGAAUAUGGGGCUAUACAAUAAUGGUAUAUUUUUCUAAUUUUACAAAAAAAAUAUUUGUGCCACUAGGCGCUACAUAUGUUAAAUAUAUAUAGGCCUUUUUUGAAGGAGAUUAUACAUUGACUUGCAUGUGUUGUUUUACAUGCAUGCAUGACCCUAUGUCACUUAAAUUGAAUACAAAGAAACCCGCAUGAUUAUAACCAGUGUCGUAGCCAAGGGGUGGGCGACCGCCCCUCCCCCAAUCGAAAAAAAAUCAUUAUCUGAAAAAGGCUAAAUCCGUAGAGAAAUUGGGGGGGGAGGGGGGUGUACACGUUAUAUCCUCCUCGAAGCUGAAACUGAUUAAAUACGUCUCGACUGAGGAAUACGAUUUGUAAAAUCUCAUUAAAGCAGUUGUAGAUAUGGUUCCAAGAAGAAUAUAUUUAGUUUAGAUUUACAUGUAUGCAUUUAAUAUAUCAUAGCAUGAAUAUUCUUCUCAGACUUAUUCUGUAUCGUAUAAAAAAGCAACGCAAUUUUGAGAAUGCGGAAAUGCUGUCUCAUAGAACCUAGAAUGAUUUAAAUGCAACAUUUCUGAUCAAAAUCACAUUGGGAUUUUCUUCCCCCAGCAUCACAGAGGGGAAAUAAGGUGACGCUGACCGGCUCCUCCUGUUUUUCAAGGUGACUUUUCCAAUUUAUUUAGUUCCGGGUAGAAAAUCUCUUCCAGGCUUAUAAAUCGGGUAUGAAAAACGUGGUGUUUCCACAAAAACAGCUUAUAUAUAUACAGUAGUAGUACUUUUACUUUAUAAUUUUAAAAAUCUGAAAAAUUUUCAUUGCCAAGACGACGUUCCUGGUGCUAUUGUUGGUGUUCUUUCCGAUGAGAACCAUUACAAAUCCAGGAUGGUAAAAGAAACACAGCAAGGCAUGCUCGAUAAAUCAAAGCGGAGGGAACCACAAACAUCAAGUAACUAUAAUACUGUACAUACCAUAUGGGAACAUAUAUAGGCUGCGAAAGAUGAGACAUUUUACAUGCAGUGAACAUCAAUUAUUUUACACUCUUGUUAUUUUCUUAUUUGUAGGAAGUACAGUACCGAACAUAGACGAAAAGUUGUGUGGCAAAAAGUGUUUGAAGAUUGGCAACAUUAAUCCCAAAGUUUUCAUCAGAGCGUGCAACCUACUUAACAUUGAACACGUGAUGGGCCAAGAUUGGCGAAUGUUAGCUGGGCAACUCGACUAUAAUGUAACAGAUGUUCAGGUACGAACUGGAGCAAUUCAAGUUGAGAAAUUCAGUAUACAAUUGUCGAUUUCAAGUCACUUUUCAACGAGCGAGUCCUAAGUUCGUUGCGAACGUUUCAACAAAGUUCGCAAGUUCAUUUCAAUGUUUGAUCACUAUUGUAAACAAAUGUUUAUACUCAAUAACAACCAAUUCAAUGAAAUACAAACCUUCCUGGUAGCCCACUGGACCAAGAACUCUCCAUUUAUAUUGUUAAUUUCAAAAUGAACUAUGAACAUUUUUUUAUACAAUAGUUCAACACUGAAAUGUACUUGCGAACUUCGUUGCGAAAUCCACGCCCAAUUUUUGAAAUGGAAAUGUAAUUGGCAAGUUUGCAACGAACUUGGCCUUGGGAACCGCGCGUUGAAAAGUAACUUAUAAUCGGCAACGAAUAUUUACUACAGAAAAACUGAGAUAAAAGAGCCAGGACCCAGUGAUAAACCGAUAAGGAGCUGCCAGCCUGAAAUUUAAGCAACUAAAUAAGCACCUAAAAUAUACAAUCACCACUUUACCCUGGUCCCUGACAAAUAGAUUGAUUCGUAUAAAACCUUUAGCUGAAGUGGAAAAAAGUCCAGUUACAAGCUACAAUGCACCUUAGUAUACAGUUAUUUCAAUUUAGGUUGUCCACGAGCAAAGCGGAAAAGUCGAAUACGAGCGCGAAAGGCUGCUGGGAAUCGCUAACAAAUUAAUGAGUUUUCAAAGAGAUUCCCAGCAGCCUUCGCGCUCGUAUUCGACUUUUAUAUAUGGCAACACCGCGGAAAAACGUCUGCGCAUGCGUCAACCUUACCUGUAAUAGUAUUGCGAAGUUGAUGAGAAGCUGUGCCGAACGUUUCCGAAGGCUCAAAAUGGCGGUAAAAAGAAGUGACUUCAUUGUUUGAGAUACAUUUCUUUAAAAAAAACUGUGUCGCCAAAUAUAAAAAAUUUUCGUGUUCACAAUAAUUAAACUUUAGGAUUUAUUCUACAAUUUACUUUUUAGUUUGAAUUUUUGUUUUGAAUAAUUUUGCAAAAAUUUUCGAAGUCGUGUCCGUUAAAAUCAACAAUUUUUUACAUGAAUUAUAUUUCAUUCCAUACUUUAAAUGCCAGGACGCUUUCAAUUAAUGUCUAGUCUAUCCAUUUGCUAUAUUUUCUCGUUUGUUUUACUAAUUUUUGACCAAUUAAUAAGCAUGUUUUUGUUUUAGAAAUUGAUAUUCAAAUUCCCCGCCAUAUUUUCGUAAUUUGGUGCAUGCGCAGACGUUUUUCCGCGGUGUUAUAUAUAGCUAUAAUGCAUGUGCAUCUAAAAACAUUACAGAAAAUUCAUGUUUCAUCGGCGUUGUUUUACCUUCAUUUAAGAUAUUUGGGUGCAAGGAAAAUCAUGCCGAAACUAUGUUAAAGGACUGGGAUAGUAACCAGCAUAAUUACCUCGAACGUGUUGUAAAGGAACUUCGUGAUAUGAGAAGAGCGGAUGUUGCUGAUUUACUUCAGAAAGAAAUAGACAAGAAAGGAGACAGUUGCAACUGCCCAGAUUGUGGACAUGUAUAAUGUAAUUUAAAUUCAAAUUCAUUGUCAUGCUAUAUUUUCCUGUAAUCUUUUAAUCCAACAUACUUCAACACUGAAAUUGAUGGCUGUAGCAAAUUGACGGUGAAGAAUGUACAGAAUACAAGCAUGGUUCAAGACAUUUGUUAUAAUUUUUGGCAGUCUAUAGUUCGUUUUUUUUUAAUAUAUUGUUGUAAAUGUAAUGUACUGAAUAUAAACCUUUCUAACCGAGUAAAUGAUACUACUUGUCAGUGCAUGGAACGUUAUUAAUUGGACAAAACAAAUUCAAUGACAUCGUGCACAUUUCACCAUAGGCGUACCGGGCGGGGGGGGGCGGCAACCCCCCAGUUUGUUGGGCAGUCGGGCAAUAUUCGAUCAACAGUCGGGCAAUUUUGGUUUGCUAUAAAAAAAAAU